AUGGCUACACUGGGACGGUCUCUGAAGUCCCCCGUUUAUCUAUCCCGCGCAAGCAGCAGCAGCAACGGCAGCCGGCGGCCCGCCCUCGCAGCCAGAACCUUUUCCCACUCGUCGGAUAUUUCGGCGGCUUCGGCCAACUCGUGGGCAGAUGAUCACCUCGACGUCGGGGUCAUGUCCGGCCUGAACACGCCUGCUCUGGAGAAGACGGUUACGGAAAGUCUGGCCGCCAAAGAGUCCAGGCCGGCGCAGAAGGAGGUGAAGGGUCGUCAUUCGCAAGGCAAGUCUGAUAUCUUUCUCGCUUCUCUCUCUCUCUGUGUGUGUGCGCGUGCGUCUCCAUCCUCCUCAUCUGUCCUUUGGUGGUGUCAAUACCCAACGGCCAAGUCACACCAACCUGUCGUUCGGUACCGCAUGGCCUUGUACGUUUGGGGAAAAGCAUGA